UGUGAAGUCUCAUAAAAGAAAUAUACAUACGCAAUAUACAUACGGCAACGUAAAUCAAUUUUGGCGUUUGUUUUGAAAUGGUCAGAAGUCGUUUUCAUUUUUUGAACGAGUCAAAUUAUAUCCAUAUAAAAAAGCUGUAAUUCAUAUAUAUAAUUUGAAAUGUCAGCAGAUGAAGGAAAUGAAAGCAUAAGCAGGAACUCAAGCUGGAAAAAUAAAUGUAUAGCUUUAAUAUCACAGCUCGAAACAAAAAGUUGUACACCUGACUAUGAUGAAACAACAGUUGAUCUAAUGAAAAAACAAAAGAGCAUCGAAGACGCUAUAAGGACUGCAGAACUUAAGAUUAAAGAAACAGAAAAGCUUAUUGAAGAAACUAGCUUAAACUCCAACUCAGGUUCCUGUAAUAGGCACAUAUUAAGACUAUAUGAAAUAAUAUCUAAACUACAAUGGGAUUAUGAUUGUCCAUCAACUCAAAUCAGAGGAAUUGUGAUGAAUAAAACACUGAAGAAAUUUAAUUUGGAUAUCACAUUAUUUUCUGAGCAUGCUGUUGUUAACCAUCUUUGGAGCUUGAUAGACUCUGAAGAUCUUUGAAAUGAUAUCAAGUUUAGUAAUCUGUCAUGCAGCUGCUGAAAACUUGUGAAAUGUAACUUUUUUAAAUGCAUAUUAAAUUUUUGUGGGCAUACAUAUAUUAAACUUGUGCUUAUUAGAA